AUAUGACUCGAGUAGGGUCAUUCACUCACCAUUCACUCACACACUUAUACUUAUUGACAAUUUAGAGUCUCCAAUUAGCCUAGUCUUUGGACUGUGGAAGGAAACGCACGCAGACAUGGGAAGAACAUGCAAACUCCACAUGGAAAGGCCCAGGCUGGAUUCGAACAGAGAACCUUCUUGCUCUGAGGCAACAGUGCUACCAACUGGACUGUGUAUAGUGAAAUAUUUUCACCGCAUCACGUUUUUGUCUUCCAAGAAGCUUAUACAGAAACAAGCACGGAACCGUCCAGACCCACGGCGCAACUUUUAUUCUGACUGAUGUAGCCAGGGCAAUAUUUUCACUGGAGACUUGAUACCGCCUUAUAAAUUCAAAGUCAUUCGUGAAUGGUUGAAGUGGAUUUUGAGAAGAGACACUUCAUGCUACAAUCAUGAUAAUGACAAUGACUGUGCUGUGAAGGUUAGGUAGUGGAUAAAUGGAUAAUGUAGCAAAAGUAGCAAACAACAAAGCUGAAUCCUUCUGACAGAAUGUACAGAGAAACUAUAUGCUCAGAUUGCGUAGUUUCACUCACUGUGUCCAAGCAGAAUCGAUAACGUUUCAGAAAAUAUAUAACGUUAAAAGAUUUAAUGCAAUGUUCUACUGUGAGUUUUGCCAAUUAUUGAGGGUGUGACAGAAAAUUUUGGUGGCGCUGACUGUAAACGGAUGUUUUUCACAUUUACCGUUCGAUUGAGCAAGUACCAUGUGAAGUACAUUUUUAUGGGUUAGUGCUGUGAGAUUCUGCUAGCUAUACAUGAACCUUGUACAGCGAUCAAUAAAGGCUAACAGCACAGUAGGCUAGCAGUUACUGCUUGUCACUUGUACCACCACUGUAAAGAACAAAAAAAAAGGCUACAAACUACCUUUUCUAUGAGAAAUGUGUUGUUGAGCUCACGCGCGUACACUGCUGGCGACAUUGUAAAGCUCCGUGUUGCUCACCGUACUAUAUAGGUAGCUAGCUAUGGCACGUCCUACUGUUGUGUGCAGGAUAGCAGCCAUACGCGCUAACAAGGUUAAGGAAAGUAGGCAAUCCGUAUGCGCUAUAAACUAGGUUAGCUAAAGUAGGCGAAACGCGAACAUGUUAGGGUGAGCUAAAGUAACGUUAGGCGAUAAAGCUGUGCUUAAAAAUGUUGUGCCGUACCACCUGAACGGCACAAGAUUCAUCGCCUAACAGUACUUUAGCUAACCCCAACAUGUUCGCGUUUCGCCUACUCCGACUAAACGGAGCACCACCUGCGCAUGCGUCCCGCUUGGCCUACUACUAAAUGAAGCAACACCUGCGCAUGCCUCCUACUAAACGUCCCUCAAAGGUCGUCCGUUAGUGAGUGAGUGAGUUAGUGAGUGACCACAAUUUGCCAUACAUAGCUCACGGCGCCAGGUACUGCGCACUGUGGGAAAAAUAAAAGAAACUUUUUUUGUUAUAAUAAACACGUUUUGUAUUUGUAUAUAUUCAAUAAAAAAUAAAGGCCAGAGAAACGGGGGAAAGACAUAGCCUACAAUAAACUAAAAAUUCGCCAGUUUCUGCACGCACUUCCAAACCAUCGUUCGCAAAGGAAAGUCGUCGUAACUUUAAAGCGACGAGACCAGAGGGCAGCGUAACGCUAAAGAAACAAUUUAUUGAGUGUACGGGUUGUUGUAUAGCUAGUUUUCAUAUAUAUACGUUCAGCUCCGAGAGGCUGACUAUGGCUGAGGAUUACUGCACGAUUGAAGAGGAUGAGGUGAGGGAGAUCAGGGAGGCACUGGAAAAUGAGACCUUGACUUCAGCGGUGGCUAAGAUCCAGGACUAUUUUGAGCAGCUUGACCGUGUGGAACUAAAUAUUGCCAUCACAGGAGAGUCCGGGUCUGGCAAGUCGACCUUCGCCAAUGCAUUCCGAGGCCUGGGGGACGAACAGGAGGGCUCAGCUAAAACUGGCGUGACUGAGACCACCAUGGAGCCAACUGUGUACCCCCACCCUAAAUAUCCCCAAGUCAAAGUGUGGGACCUUCCCGGGAUCGGGACACCCAACUUCAAAGCAGACGAGUACCUUCAAAAAGUACAAUUCCAGCGUUAUGAUUUCUUCAUCAUCAUUGCCUCAGAACGAUUCAAAGUCAGCAACGUGCAGCUGGCCACUGAGAUCCAGCGUACAAAGAAGAAGUUCUACUUUGUUCGUUCAAAGAUCAACAACUGCAUAAAUGCAGAGAAAAGAAAGAAGGGCUUUGACAAGGACAAAACACUCAGUUUAAUUCGGCAAGACUGCAUUACAGGCCUCCAGGAAAGCGGGGUGGAAUCCCCCACAGUCUUCCUAAUCUCCAGUUUCGAUCUACAGCCCAAGCACAAGCAGCGUGUGCUCCUGCUGUCACUGCCCAACAUCACCCUGGACAUCAACAAGAGAAAGAAGGAGGCCCUGCAGGCCAACAUAUGGAAGAUGGCCCUGCUGUCGGGUGCCAUGGCAACCGUGCCCAUCCCAGGUCUGUCCGUGGCGGUGGAUGUGACCAUCCUGGUCAAAGAGCUCACCAGUUAUUACCAGGCUUUUGGCCUGGAUGACGAAUCCCUGCAGAAUCUCUCUGAGAAAACAAAUGUGCCACUGGAGGAGCUGAAGGCGGUCCUCAAAUCCCCCCUCAACAAGGAGAUAUCGGCCGACGUGGUCAUCAAAUUGCUGACCAAAUGUGCUGGGGCAGGGCUGAUGUUGCUGGAGUUCUGGGUCAGCACAAUCCCGGUGUUCGGCUCCAUGGCAGCCGGGGGGAUCUCGUACGCCACCACUCACAGCAUGCUGACGUCCUGCUUGAAUGAGCUGGCGGACGACGCACACAACGUCCUGAUGAGAGCUUUGCAGACAGAAGUAUGAAGAUCAGACUUCACACCAGUUAAAGUGCCUUUCAGUACUAGUGCCUAUGAUCUUCAUGAAGAUGUUCUAAUGGAAAUUAAAGUUUGUAUAUUCUUUAACAAGAAAUAGUAGUGUUUGUUUUUGAAAAAACACAGCUAAGCAAUUUUUAAUUUGUAUAAUGUGAACAAUAUACACAUUUAUUAUAAUUAUGACUCUCACUUUGGAUUCUGAUGUGGAUGUAUUAACAGGUCUAAAAAGAAAAUUAAUUUACACCAUGGGAAAUUCUUAGCUGGUUUGGUUUAUUUGACGUAAGUAAUAUUUUCUAUAUCUCAGGAAACCUAUCCAUGUUCUGUUUUUUUUUAUUAGUUUGGCACAUACAGGGUUGGGGGCUGGUCUUCCGUCUUUUAAAUAAAACAAAUUAAAGUCACACAAGAUGCACAGUGCAAUCCACCAAACUGUAGCCAAUUCAAUCUACACCUACAUGUUUAAUGUGUGCAAUUAUAUGCAUUUGUUCCUGAAUAAAUCACACACAAAAACA